AUGGAGCCCAACGUGCGCUUCUGGAUCACCGAACGCCAAUCUUUUAUUCAAAGAGUUCUUCAGUGGACAGACUUGUUGGAUCCUACGAAUUUGGUCCUUUCAAUUGAAAAAAUAGAAAAAUCGAGGCAACUCUUGUUAACAAAUGAAGAUGCAUCCAGAGGUGACUUUGAGGACAAAAGGAUACAAGAAGCUUGGAAGAGAAGUCUUUCCACAGUGCAUCCUGACAAUAGCAGGCUAAUCCCUGGUCCUUUUCGACCUGCAGCUCUCCUGCCUUUCACGGCACCCACGCUAUUUCUGUCAAUGCUGCCGGUGAAAAGUCUGAAGUCCAUGAUUUUACCUCAGGCCUCCUUCUACACCUACAGUACAGUCUUCAACAUCGUCAAUGGAAAUGCAAGUUAUGAUCGUCGUGCACAUGAGAGCUUAUUACUAGGUGCAGGAGUGAUUGUAUCUUCAACUUUUUUGGGCCUAUUCCCUCGUUUGCUCCAAGUAAAGCUUUCAAUGAAUAGCGUUCUGAGCAGAAACGUCAUUCCCGUCAUCAUUCUCGCCCAGCUCAGUGGGAUGAACGUGAUUGCCUCCCGAAGUUUGGAGCCCAUGCGCGGGAUCGAGGUCAUGGACAAGGAAGGCAAUGUCAUAGGUUAUUCCAGAAAAGCUGGGACAAAGGCCGUUAAAGAUACAGCAACAUCCAGAGUUGUGCUGUUUGGGACCUCUGCGUUUAUUCCUGAAGUCUUUGCAUACUUUUUUAAAAGGACCCAGUUUUUCCUGCAGAAUCCAUGGUCACUGUGGACCCUGAAGUUUUCUUGUACGAUCCUCGUCAUGGGAUUGAUGGUGCCAGUUUCCUUCAGCAUCUUCCCACAGAUCAGACGGAUACAGUGCAGUGAGCUUGAAAAGGAAAUUCAGUUGGCAACAGAAGAAACAGAACUCUUCUAUAACAGAGGGGUGUAG